AUGCCAUCAUCAGCAUCGACUCGAAUUUUAACGAAAUCUUCGCGGCGUUUUACCACUGAUACACUCUUUCGUUUGAUUUCUCAAACCAACUCCUAUGACGAUAUUCGUUCUUCUUUUUUACAUGAUAAUGAUUCAACAUCAUCAUCGUACACCAACGGACAUUUAUCUGAAUACGAUCUUCGUCAUCUUUGGUCACUUCUUUCUCAAAUGAUACGAAGACGUUUACUCAAAUUCGAACCAUGUUUGUUACCUGAACUUGGUGCGUUUGUUCUUAUCGAUCAUUCGUCCACGGACAACACGACUAAUCACAUCAAAGAGCCGUUCUUUGUCCUCGAUACAACAUUUGCUCGUCGACAUCGUCUCUCACGUAUCAAAAAGCCGAAUCUCUCAUCGGCACUGUCACUUUCUCUGCAAGCAAACGGAAAUUCUACUCACAUCGAACCGAAUACGACCUUAUCAUCAUUCAACAUGCAAACUUUAGACUAUCAUUCGUUACAAAACGAGUUGGGUCUGACUCGUGACCAACUAAUGACAGCCAUUUCACAUAUCUUCAAUAUCAUCGAUAAAGAAAUCACACCACAUACUUCGUGUCAUUUAGAAUUUCCUCAACUGGGACAUUUCAAGAUUUUAUUCGGUUUAGCCACGUUUGAAUUUAGUGAAACAUUUAUUGACGACUUUAAAACAACAGCCACAAGCUCAACAGCUGAAAAGUAG